CUAGUAGACUGACUCAGUCUCCACCCGCAUGAAGACUGGCUCUGUACCCCGUACACAGAAAAUGCAUCGUCGCCCGGAUGGUCUAGUGGUAUGAUUCUUGCUGUGAGUUACCCUGCUAUUACACGUUGGGAAAAACGUCAACUAAUAACUUCUUCCAGUUGGGAUCCCAAGUCUGAAAUGCAAGAGGCCCCGCGUUCGAAUCGCGGUUCGGGCCUGUCUUUUUUUUUAUUUUUAUUUAUUUAUUUUUUUUAUUUUUGAUAUCGGCGGUAUGGGGUGGGGGUUUAUAAUA